AUGUGCAUGAAAGAUUUAAAGGAAUUUGUAACAAUUAAAAUGGUUGAUUAUGAUCGGAAAGCCAUUACAGAAAAUUUUGAGAUAUUUGUUGAAAAGUGUGAUGAAAUAAAGAAGAAACGACCAGAAUUAACUGCAGAGACACUGCUUCCACCUCAACUUGUGAAAUCUCUUCCAGAAUCUAUACAGUAUGAGAAUACACCGCAAGAGUUUCAAGCAUAUCGGUCAAGUGGGGACGACAACUCUUGUUUAUAUCAAAGUGUAAGCCUAUUGUUGAGUGGGACGGAAAACUUACAAUGUAGUCUAAGAUUAAUGACUACCUUACAUGCUGUGCAAACAUUUAAAAUGUAUAAAAAACAACUGCUUUGUGGUGCUGGUAAUUGGGAUGCUGAACAUUGGAAGUGGUUCUUUAGGCAUCAUAUGAAUGAUCAAAUGAUUAGAGAAAUACAAAAAUUAGAAGAUUCUGAAACUAUUAUUGAUUCAUGCCUUAAAGUGUUGCUAAUGGAAACAGCUUGCCUUGGAAUAGAUAGUAGUGUAUUACAUGUUGGUUUUCUGUGUGGGGCUAUAGGGAUAAACAUACAGCAACACUUUCAAUAUAAUACACAGUAUGGAUACACAUCAGAGGUAGUGCCUUGGAUCAAACAUUUACUUGGUGAAAGCAUUGAUGUUACUCCCGGCCUUGACCUGCACAUAUUUUGG